CUGUCGGCCCCAUGUGUAAUGGAGAACGCCAAGCUUGGAGGGUCGGAGAGUAGAUCUUUCCACCCGCGAACCGACGAGUUGGCUACCCGUCCUCCAACUAAGCGACUGUGACCCCCCAGGAGGGCUGCUUUUGAGGACGCAGUCCCCGAGGCCGACUUGGCUGCACCUCGCCACCCAAGCUGUGCCUCAUGGAGACCACGUUCAGCAGCCCGGCGGAGGCGGCCCUGCAGCGGGAGGCGGGCGUCCCAGGACUGCGCACUCCUCCCGCAGACCUCGACCGAGUGUACGAGCUGGAGCGAGUGGUUGCUUUUGUCCGUGACUUGGGGUGUCAACGGGUGGCGUUGCAGUUCCCUGAUCAGCUACUGGGAGAUGCAGGGGCCGUGGCUGCACGACUGGAGGAGACCACAGGAUCGAAGAUGUUCAUCUUAGGGGACACAGCCUAUGGCAGCUGCUGUGUGGAUGUGCUGGGUGCUGAGCAGGCUGGAGCUCAGGCUCUGGUACACUUCGGCUCUGCCUGUUUAAGCCCUCCAGCCCGACAGCUUCCCGUGACUUUUGUCUUUGGUCGACGUUCUGUGGCCUUGGAGCUCUGUGCCAAGGCCUUUGAAACCCUGAACCCAGACCCCACAGCUCCAGUGGUACUGCUGAGUGAGCCAGCCUGUGCCCAUGCCCUGGAGUCCCUGGCCACUCUCCUGCGACUGCGAUACCAGGAUCUGCUCAUUUCCAGCCCAGCUCUCCCCCUGCCUGUGGGGUCCGCAAGUCCACAGCCUGAGCCCCUAGAGCGUUUUGGGCGCUACUUCCCCCUGGUCCCAGGGAGGUGUCUGGAAGAAUAUGGUGCCUUCUAUGUGGGGAGUUGUCAUGACAGUCCUGGCCCCGACCUUGACCCAGACCUGAGCAGGCUGCUCUUGGGGUGGCCUCCAGGACGACCCUUCUUUUCCUGUUGUCCAGACACAGGACAGACACAGGAUGAAAGUGCCCGGGCUGGGCGACUGAGAGCAAGACGACGGUAUCUGGUAGAGAGAGCCAGAGAUGCCCAUGUGGUAGGGUUGCUGGUGGGCACGUUAGGUGUGGCUCAACACCGUGAGGCACUAGCACACUUGCGGAAACUGACUCAGGCUUCUGGGAAACGUAGCUAUGUAUUGGCCCUAGGUCGGCCCACCCCUGCUAAGCUUGCCAACUUCCCUGAGAUGGAUGUCUUUGUGUUGUUGGCCUGCCCCCUGGGAGCCCUUGUCCCCCAGCCUUCUGGUGGCUUCUUCCGGCCUGUAUUAGCACCAUGUGAGUUGGAGGCUGCCUGCAACCCUUCUUGGCCACCUCCAGGACUGGCUCCACACCUCACACAUUAUGCAGAGUUGUUGCCUGGCUCUCCAUUCCAUGUGCCUCUCCCACCACCUGAGUCAGAGUUGUGGGACACCCCAGAUGUGUCCCUCAUUUCUGGGGAGCUCCGACCCCCACCUUCUUGGAAGUUACCAGAUGAUUCGGAAUGCUCUGCUGUGAUCCCAAGGCCUCAGAUGGAGCUGGCUGAGAGCAGCCCUGCCGCCUCAUUUCUUAGCUCCCGGAGCUGGCAGGGGCUGGAGCCCCGCCUGGGUCAGACACCAGUGACAAAAGCUGUGAGUGGAAGACGAGGGAUUGCCAUCGCAUACGAGGAUGAGGGAAGCAGCUGAUAACCAUGUGUGGCCAGAGACACAGAGUAGCUUCUAAGCCUGCUGGGACCUUUAGUGACCCCCUGCACUGGUCUCUCAUUACUGUGCCAGGAUCCUUGCAGGAACCUGGAUGGAGACAGGGCAGGUAGCCCUUCACUGAGGAUGGGAUCCAUGCUGUCCUAUCCAGGCACUGGCUCAGCAUGCAUUGGUCUGGUAAAUGCCUGUUUGACUACUGGGGAGAAAAGGCUUAGGGUUUUCCCUGAAGGCUUUUGGCCCAUCUGUCCUGGAAGCAGUCCAGGGAUUUUGGCCCAUCCCAGUUCCUAGUAAGCUGGUGAAGGUCUGUACUUGUUAUGCAGGGGUUAGAUGCUGCAGAGCAGGGUUUCUCAGUCCCAACACUGCUCACUGCUGCAUAAAUAAUACUUUGUUGUGGAGGUUCUCGUGUAGAUGGUAGGGUGUUGAACAGCAGCCUUCACCUGUGCCCAGUGGACAUCAGAAGCAUCUUCCCUAAGUACAACAACUCAAAAUGUGUCCAGACAUUGACAGAUGUCCUGGGAUAGGGUGGGUGGAUGUAGUAGCUCCUAGAACUGCACUGUCCAGGACAGUAUUCAACAGACACAUAUGGCUAUUUAAGUUUAAAUAAAGUAUUUAAAAAUUCAGUUUUUUGAGCCUGGCCUGGUGGUGCAUACCUUUAAUCUCAGCACUGGAGGCAGAGGUGGGAGAAUCUCCGAAAGUUCAAGGCCAGCUUGAGACUAUAUAGUGAAUUCCAGGUCAGUCCGGGCUAGAGCAAGACUCUACCUCAAAAAAACAAACAAAAAAUAACUCAGUUUCUCAGUCACACUAAUCAUACUUCAAGUACUCAGCUCCAUGAAGAGAAAGUACAGUUAGAGGACAUUUCCACUGCUGUAGAAAGUUCUGGACAGUUCUAGGCUACAAUGACUUAGGCUUGUUUCUCAGGGUCAUCAAAGGAACCAGAAUAAACCAAAUACAUUUUUA